AUGCAGAGGGAUGAAUUGCAAUUGAGUUGCAGCUCAUUAUGGGACUCGGAGACCGCCAGCUUUUCGAGAUGCGCUCUUCCGUUUGUGGCAUCUGCUCCAGUGCUGGUAAUUACUGUCAUCGGACUAAAGUAUCUCCUGAGCCAUCCGUAUCUGCACCGAUGGCGUCCAGCAUGGACUCGAUCAUUUGUGAGAGAGAAGCCCGAGCCUGCUGAAUUUCCAAUACCUCCACCAAGGCAGCCCAGGGGCAAAGCUAUUCUCCUUUGUGUAAUAGCGCUAGCCGUGUUUGGGAUUGGAAUUGCUCGCCUUGCAAUAUCCCCGUUGUUCUUUUUGUUCUUUGUCUUUCUAGCGACGACGGUUGCCUGGGCUCUCGCUGCAAUUGUGAUAGCAGUCAAGCAGCCAGUGGAAGCCCCGACUUCACUGCUAGUCUAUUAUAUCGCAGCACUAUUUGCCGAAUUUCCCAUUGCCAAUGCCCUAUCAACUGCGGGCUUGGUAGGACAGAUUGCACAUGGUGUAACCAUUUGGGCGGCAUUGAUAUCAAUUAUUAUAAUUCUUAUUAUGCCAACCCGAAACCCUACUUUGUCAAAAGAAGGAAUUGGUAUUGUGGGCCAAACCCCAUCGGACCGUUUACGCAGCCCAGAGGAUGACUUGCUUCUUUGGCAAUACCUCACCAUCUCGUGGAUGUGGCCGCUUAUUUCACUGGGACGCAAAAGAAAAAUAAAUGAAGAUGAUGUAUGGUUACUGGGGUAUGAAUUCCAACAUCGAAGACUCCACGAAAAGUUCCGUCAGCUGCAGGGAUCUGUCUUGGGCCGCUUACUGCAGGCCAAUGGCGUUGAUGUAUUCAUCAUUGGCAGUAUUGCUAUUUUGCAAAUGAUAUGCAAUUUCUCAUCACCACUGCUUCUACAGCAGCUUCUCAAAGUCAUGUCGAUUGAAGAUGUUGACAAAAAGGUAGCUUUGACUUAUGGGGCCAUAAUGUUCGCCCUUCGACUAGUUUUUGCUCAAAGCCAAGUCCUGAAUCUCUGGUAUGGUCGAAGAUGCUACGAGCGUAGCCGAGGAGAAAUGGUGAUGAUGGUAUACGAGAAAGCCUUAUCUCGGAAAAACACGUUUGGGCAGAAAAUACAGACCAAGGACGAAGUUGAAGAUUUGUAUCAAGAUGAAAAUAUGGAUGACAGCGUGGAUGAGCCUAGUAAGAGAAAACGAAAGUUAUGUGGAUUGAUUCCUUGCCGAGGAAACAAACCCCAGAAGAAAGAGGCAAAAGAGACUGCAUCCAUGGGCAAAAUAUUCAACCUGCUGCGCGGGGACGUCUAUGAAGUUGCUCAGCGGUUUUGGGAAAUCGAUACCCUCAUCGAUAAACCGUUAGGUCUCGUGAUAUCCAUUGCCCUUGUUUGGAAAUUAUUCGGCCCAUCGUGCUUUUUGGGUGUUUUGACAGUCAUCGUUGCUCAAGUCAUCAACGGAUUUAUAACUCGAGCCCUCCUUCGUUGGGAACGAGUUCGUCGAACUGCAACUGAUGUGCGGUUGCAAAUCUCUUCACAGUUUGUGGAGGCCCUUCGCCAUCUUCGCUGGUAUGGAUGGCAAAGCCAUUGGCUUCGUCAGGUCAUGGAGGCGCGUGACAAGGAACUGAAUCUUCGUAUUAUUACAAGUCUAUGGAAUAUCGCAAUCAGAUUUGUCAACGUCUUCUCAAGCGGCGUUUUCCCUGUGGUGGCUCUAUAUGGAUAUACCAUGUUAGCUGGGCAUCCGCUUAGUAUCGACAUUAUUUUCCCCGCACUUCAACUUUUCACCAUGCUGGAAGAGCGACUUCGCGACAUCCCUUCGCUAAUUACCACCCUUAUUAACGCCUCUAUCGCCAUGGGUAGAAUUGAAGAUUUCAUGGCAGAGCCGGACAAAGAAACUGGAAAAGCCGACACUGCGUCAGACUCGACUCCAAUCAGGUUAGAGUCUUGCUCGUUUGCUUGGCCAGGAAAGCUAUCGCCUGUUCUGUCUGAUGUAACUCUCACAGCUAGCAAGGGCUUGACAGUUAUCUGUGGUGUUGUUGGAGCUGGCAAGACAGCACUAUUGCAAGCCUUCCUUGGUGAGCUUGAUAAAUUAAAGGGCGAAUCUCAUAUACCGAAUGAAAUGGUCGGAUACUGCGCGCAAACCCCUUGGCUGCAAAGUAUGAGUAUUCGAGACAAUAUUAUUUUUUCAUCACCCUACGAUGAGCAACGAUAUAAGCGUGUGUUGGAUGCAUGUGCACUAGUUCCUGAUCUGGCAAACUUUGCACAUGGUGACUUGUCUUUCAUAGGGGAAAACGGCAUAGGUCUUUCUGGUGGCCAGAAGGCAAGAGUAGCUCUUGCAAGAGCCGUUUACAGUACAGCUAGAAUUUUGUUCCUCGAUGACCCGUUAUCAGCGCUCGACCACAAUACCGCCGAAUUUAUUGUGCGCAAAUGCUUCCUCGGUCCGCUGAUGGAAGAUCGCAUUGUGGUUCUUGUUACGCAUCGCACAUCUUUGGUGCAGCCAUAUGCAGACCAAGUCGUUGAAAUCGCAAAUGGCCAUGCCAAGUGCUAUGAUAAGCAGGCGAUGUCGUCUAUUCACGUCGCUGACGAUGAAUCUCAAGUAGACGAGAUAGCGCAGGAAAAUGCCGAAGAGGAGGUAUCUUCGGCAGUUCCAGACAAGUUCAUCGAAGAAGAGCAUAGGGCCGACUGGGGGGUUCAAACUCGUGUGUACUGGUCGUACAUCAAGGCGGGAAAGCUCAAGUGGUGGAGCAUCCUUGUCGCAGUCCUCGCGAUCUAUCGUCUGACAGCUGUGGUGCAAUCGUGGUUUCUCAAGGAAUGGGGCGAGGCAUACAAUGGGUCUCUGGUCAUGAUCGCGUACACGAGUAUGAGAAAGCAAAUGUCGGAGCACUGGAUGAACAUCCCCGUGGCAGGCGUAAAUCUCAACCACAGCGGUUUGAGCACUCAAAAUUGGCCGUUUGAUCAGAUGCACAUGCCACAUCCCGCAGAAAAUGUUCGUCCCUGGCUAGCUCUUUAUCUCGGCAUAGCUACAUUUCAAGCCCUGGCUAUGCUUGCUGCUCAAUUGUUGAUGUUGGUGAUUAUUUAUUGCGCGGGCAAAACAAUGUUCGAGCAAGUCAUGGAACGUGUAAGCCUUGCUACAUUUAGGUUCUUUGACGUCACCCCAGUGGGACGACUUAUGAAUCGUUUGACCUCGGACAUUGGCGCCGUUGAUGGAAACAUCAGCAAUCAAUUUCAAGUGAUUGCUUUUCAGAUGAUCACCUGGACCUCUGCUAUCGUUGUCAUUGCGUCGGUGACACCAACAUUUUUAGUGUUUGCUCUUUUUCUGACCAGCGCUUUCGUUUUGAUUUUCUUGCGAUUCCUACCACUUUCACAAAGUCUUCGACGUUUGGAAAUGGUCUCUUUGAGUCCGUUGCUGUCUAAUUUUGGAGAACUUCUGCAUGGCCUCACUACGGUUCGUGCGUUUCAUGCCGAAGUACGGUUUCAGAACCGAGUUAUCCAGGUGGUGGACAAAUUUCAAGGGAUGGACCAUUUCUACUGGUCUUUGCAAAGCUGGUUGAUGUACCGGUUUGAGGCGUUAUCGGGGUUCUCUACGUUUUGUCUCACCGCAUUGGCAUUGUACACUGACAUAUCAGCGGGUCUGGUUGCUUUCAUGCUUGUCUCUGCUAGCUCUUUCGUCGAUUCCACGCACGCACUGUGCAAGUAUUACGGCCAGUUGCAGAUGGACUUUGUCUCUGUUGAACGUGUUGACGAGCUUCGACACAUUGAGACUGAGCCCGAGGGCGAAAUCGACCCACCAGCAUAUUGGCCGCGCUUCGGCACUCCUAUUAUCUUCGACGAUGUUACUAUUCGCUACGCCCCCCACCUAGAGCCCUCGCUGUCUAAAGUUUCCAUAGAGAUUCCUGGUGGGUCUACUGCUGCAGUGAUCGGCCGUACUGGCAGCGGAAAAUCAACAUUGGCUCUCAGUCUUCUAGGCGUGAUACAACCAGAUUCGGGUGUAAUACUCAUUGACAACAUUGAUAUAUCCAAAGUCAGCAAACAAGCGCUCCGAACGCGCAUUACGUUUGUUGCACAGGACCCUAUCCUCUUCCCCGGAAGCAUCAGAUUGAAUCUCGACCCAACAAACGAGUACUCGGACCGCGAAUGUGCGGACGCACUUGAGCGCAUCUGCUCUCGUCAUGGCUGGUGUCUAGAUUUCUACAUUGAGGCCGGUGGGCGAAAUCUUAGCCAAGGCCAGCGCCAAUUAAUAGGGCUGACGCGUGCUGCGCUCCGACGGAGUCCGAUUGUUAUUCUUGACGAAGCGACUGCGUCGAUCGAUCACGAGACGUCACUGGAAAUUCAAAAGAUUAUACGAGAAGAAAUGAAGGAGAGCACGGUGAUAACAAUUGCGCAUCGACUGGAGGCUAUUAACGAUGCAGAUUACUACGUCGUGCUAGAUCACGGUAGAUUUGAUGAGAACGUUGCGCUACACACUCCCUGCCUGACUCUGGAUAUGGCCGGGGCAAAAUCCGCACCCGCAAACUUGCCCGCCCUACGAGUCGCUUUGGGAGUCGAUGAGUAUAUCUGUAUGGAUUCAGCCUUGUCCAGCGAUGCCAAAGCGUCAACUGAUAGUUUUGGAUUCGCGCCAGCCACCUCCGUGAUUGAUCGUCGCCGAGCCCUAAUUGAUCGAAUGGGUCCUCAGUUUUCCCAGAUUUUCCCUCCUCGUCCCGGCUUUACGUUCGAGGAGCUCCCAUCGCAAAAGGGAAAAGUAUUUCUCAUUAGUGGUGGUGUGUCGGGUAUUGGGUUCGAGGUUGCCAAGGUCCUCUAUGCAAAGGCUGGCAAAGUCCACAUCGCUGGUCGCUCUCGAGAAAAGGGCGAGGCCGCUAUCCAGGCGAUUAAAAACGCCGUCUCAGACACUCAAGGCACAUUGGAAUUUCUCCUUCUCGAGCUCGAUGACUUGACUACUAUCAAAUCCGCUGUGGGUGCCUUUCGAAGCAAAGAGUCCAAAUUGGAUGUCCUCUUCAACAAUGCGGGAGUCUCGCAGCCGCCUUUGGGCAGUGUAUCUGCACAGAAUAUCGAACUUCAACUGGCCACUAACUGUCUCGGCCCAUUCCUGUUCACAAAACUACUGCAGCCUAUCAUACACGCUGCAGUGCCAGAUGCCGCACCGGGCGCGGUUCGCGUGGUUUGGACAAGCAGUCAAGUCGCCGAACUUUCCACUCCCCCCGAAGGCAUGAUCAUGUCGGAGUUAACCAAUCCGCCAAAUGAUAAUGUCCGCAAUUAUACGAAUUCCAAGCUAGGAAACUGGUUUCUGGCAGUUGAGAUGGCGCGUCGGUACGGCUCAGACCACGGUAUCGUGAGCGUAGCUCAGAAUCCCGGUGCAGCAAAUACGAACCUCCUGCGCAACGCCAAGUGGAUGAAAAUCCUAUCUCGACUACUUCUCCACAGUCCUGAGAUGGCUGCUCAUACGGUCGUCUAUGCCGGCUUGUCUGCAGACCUGGGGCUACAGAACAAUGGUUCCUAUGUUAUUCCGUGGGGGAGGAUCCAUCAAGCAGUAAACCCGGAUUUGGCGACGGCUAUGAAGUUGAAAGAAGAUGGAGGGACUGGCUUGGCGAAAGAAUUUUGGGAGUUUUGUGAGGAGAAGACUAGGGAGCCAGAUGCUAUUAUGGAGAUGCUGAGCCUAGUGGCGCAAUCUUCGCAUAUACCUCUGCUAGUGUCUACUGGUGUCGCACUCGUCCAUGUUUCAUUGGAUAAUGCCCUCGUAGCCUCGUACGGCGAACCAUGUUGGAUAGAAAUACCCGUCACCAACGCGCCUCGCGCCAUUCAAUUUUACCGUACUGUCUUCGAGUGGACCAUUGACGAACAAGGCUACGACAAGCAAGUGGAUGGGGUCGAGCGCACGUAUUUUUUCAGCAAGGGUAAUCUUCACGGUAGUUUUAUGCUCGUUCCUGAAGAUCAAUUCGUGGACAUGGGCGCGAUCUGCGCACCAGAUACUACUACUGAGGAAGAUGGGAAAGCAAAAAUGCCGCUCUGGGGUGUAGUGAAUACGUUGGCCGUCGAGGAUAUGGAUGAAACACUGGAAAAGGUGUUGCAGUGCGGGGGGAAGAUUUUCUAG